AUGGACUGGAAGACACCCAGCAAAUACAUCACCCUCGUUUCUGGCGAUGGCUUCGAGUUUGUCGUUCUACGCGAUGCUGCUCUUGUCAGUCCAAUCAUCAAGGGCAUGCUCGACGUGAGAAGUCAGUUCGCCGAAGCUAAAGAGGCCCGUUGUGUCUUCCAAGAGAUGAGCGCCAUGGUCCUUGAUAAGGUUGUCGAAUACUUCCACUACUGGUACCGCUAUCGUAACAGCGAGGAUGUUCCCGACAUGGAGAUCCCGGUCGAGCUCUGCCUCGAACUGCUGGCCGCGGCAGAUUACCUGGGCUUGGACCAGUAUGCAGCCCAGCAAUGCAUUGCUACAACCGAUUUCUUCGAUACUAAUCUCAUCCAGGGCAAAUAUGGGCAUGAAGUGAGAAGCUACGAGAUCGAUUCAGAUAUGGGCAUGAAAAUUACACUCUAA